AGCUUCUGCGCAUGCGCCGGUCCUGUCCCUUCAGUUCCUGCUGGUCGAGGAAGACUGUUGAAAGAUGACCAAGAUGUUGCAGGUAGUAUUUGUGGUUCUGGCUCUGCUCGGUCUGGGCUCAGGAGAGGAGGGAGCCCGACUGCUGGCCUCCAAGUCUCUGCUGAACCGCUACGCUGUGGAAGGCCGGGACCUGACCCUCCAGUACAGCAUCUACAACGUGGGCUCCAGCGCCGCUCUGGAGGUGGAGCUCUCAGACGAUUCGUUUCCUCCUGAAGACUUUGGAAUCGUUUCAGGAAUGUUAAACGUCAAGUGGGACAGAAUCGCUCCAGCCAGCAACGUGUCCCACACGGUGGUGCUGCGUCCCCUGAAGGCCGGCUACUUUAACUUCACAUCAGCGUCCAUCAGCUACCUGGCUCAGGAAGGAGGACAAGUUGUGGUGGGCUACACCAGCGCUCCUGGUCAGGGAGGCAUCCUGGCUCAGAGGGAGUUCGACCGGCGCUUCUCCCCACAUUAUCUGGACUGGGCUGCUUUUGGUGUCAUGACCCUGCCAUCCAUCGGCAUCCCGCUGCUCCUCUGGUACUCCAGUAAGAGGAAGUACGACUCGCCAAAGGCCAAGAAAAAUUAAGAAGCACCGCUGGCUUCGGGAGGAGGGGUUGGGAGAGAGGUGGUGAGGUUUAGUGGGUACAGGAUCUCUGGAAAGCCUAAUAACCCAUAUUGGGGGAGAGAGUUGGAAGAAACACAGUGACCAAGGAACUUGAUUGUGAAUCGACUGAAGCAGCAGUGACAGCUCUGAAGCAGGACGUGGACAUGGAAUCAACGAUACCAGAACACCAGCACAUCCAUUAGAUCUGUCUGUUCCCAUAAAGACGUGAUGCCUGACUGCACUGCUGGUUAUUCCUUUUAGUCAUUUGCAGAUAGAUUCAGAUGGUGACAAAACAAUUACACUUAUUUCACAAAUAGUUUGGAUUUUUUUUUUUUUUUAAUGUAAUGAACUGGAUUCAGAUGUUCAGUUUAUAGCCAGUUGUUGAACUUGACAAUGGAGAAAUAAAAGAAAAAAAGGUGGGCUGUUUUUAACCUG